AACUUGUAUGAGGUGGGGACAGUUCUUGCUCUUAUUAUUAAAAUAAUACAACCAAACAUACCAUUUCAAAUUAUCAUUCAAUCUUUACGAGCAAAGACCACACAAACUUUUUCUUUGGACUCAUUCGAGUGACAAUCACAAAACCCCUAAAAUUUUCAAUUCAAAUUAUCCCAUCUUGGAAAUUUCACCCUUUGAUCCUAAAUAAUUUGUAACUUCAACUUACUAGGGUUUCAAUAUCCUAACAAAAUCUUAUUUUUUGAAAAAUGAGUAGCAGAAGAGAAGAAGAGAGAAAUGAGAAGAUCAUUAGAGGUCUCUUGAAGUUGCCACCUAAUCGACGUUGCAUCAAUUGCAAUAGCAUGGGUCCUCAAUAUGUUUGCACCAAUUUUUGGACAUUUGUUUGCAUGAUUUGUAGCGGAAUACAUCGUGAGUUUACUCAUCGUGUGAAGUCCGUGUCAAUGUCUAAGUUUACUUUACAGGAAGUUGAAGCACUUCAAAAUGGUGGUAAUCAGCGAGCAAGGGAAAUAUAUUUGAAGGACUGGGAUCUGGACAGACAGAGACAGCCAAACAGCAGUAAUGUUGACAAGGUUCGAGAGUUCAUUAAGGCUGUCUAUAUAGAUCGUAAAUAUGCUGGAGGAAACAAUUCUGAGAAGCCUCCUAGGGACAUGCAGAUCCAAAGAAAUGUUGGAGAUGAGACCAGGAGAGCCAGUUCAUAUCACUCUUUCUCUCAAAGUCCGCCUUAUGAUUUCCAGUAUGAAGACCGAUUAAACAGAAAGCAAGUGGGUUCUCUUACUAGAAAGCCUGGCUCAGAUCACAAUCUAUUUGAGAGGAAGGCUGCAAGCUUCUUGUAUAGUCCUGGUCGUCUAAGUGAGCAUCUGUAUGAGGACAGAUUUGCAAAUGAAGGAUCGAGCUCACGGGUUUCAGACUACUCCUUGUCAAGCGGUGGUGAUCCAUUCAAGUCUGCACCACAGUCACCAAAUCUUCAGACCGAUGAUGGGUUUUCAAGUCCUACCUCUGAUUCCUCUAGGGAAAUUGUUGAUGGCCUCAAUCGCACGUAUUCGGAAACAUUUGCAAAGAGAGACAUUCCAUUACCACGACCACAGAGAACUAUGUCUUCAGUGAGUGAUGGAUCAUUUGAGAAGAAUUCUGCGUCUCUUCCAUCAAUUGAUUCUGGUAGUUCGUUUGAUGCUUUUCCGGAGCCCAAUCAUUCAAAUGCCACCUCAAAUAAAGUCUCUACCAUUCUAUCUCCCUCACAGUUGCCUGUUGAAAGUGUUGGUGGAUUGAAUUUCUUUGAGAAUGCAUCAGGAAUGCCGGCACCGAAUUCAGCUCUGAGUUUUGAUCUGUUUCAAGCAUCAAGAGUUGAAUCUGUUGCAUCAGUGGAUUUGUUUCAAUUUCCUGCAGAUUCUUCAGCUUUGUCUAAAAAUUUCCAAACAUCCUGCUCCUCAUCUUCGAGUUUCCUUCCUCAAUCUCAGAAUCCUACUGUUCCUAAUUUACACAAAAAGCUACCCGAGUCAUCAGAACCAAGUAGAGGGUGGGCCACAUUUGAUGCGCCUCAGCAUGGUGAUAUCCUGGUACUAAUACGUGGAUACUGUUGGCUCGAAGCUGGAUCAGAAGGUGGAAUUACUUUAUCAAAUUUAAAUUAUGUUCCAUCCUCAAAUGCCGGGUUGCAGUGGGCCGGAAUUCCAGAGUUCCUCCACAAUCACUCCGUUUUUGGUGUCUAUCCAUUGAAGGGCCUGCAGACUGUUCAUGAACCUGCCAACAUGCCAAGUAGUCAGGUGUGGAAAGCCUUUGAUGAAGCCAAUGUACAACAGCCCCACAGUAUAGACAUGCAAGGCUUGAAUUCACAAGUUUCUUUCGACAAUACGUCCUCUAGUACUGAUCUAUUUUUUGGCUUGAAAACUUCACAGGAUUCUAGUAUAGAUGGGCUUCAGCAAAUUGCACCUACCGAAGGAUUCUCAUUUCCAAUAUUACCAUCAUUCGUUGAACCAAUGCAUCCUUUCAUGGUUGGUUUUGUCAAGUGCUCGGCGAAUUCUGUUAAUCCGUUUGAUGUGCCAUUUGAUUCUGAAUUGGAAGCACACAAUUCGUUUUUGGACAUGAGUACUCUUCAAGCUGCACUUCCCAAUAAGUCGCUACCCUCGUAUGAUAGCAUAAACGAGCCAUGGUUUCCAGGAAAUUCUGUGGCUUCUCCGCAGGUGGAUUUCUACAUGAGUACAGGCUCAAGCUCUCAGUUGCAGAAUGUUCCAACACAUGGACCUGUUGCUUCUGUUGGGGGAAACCCAUUUGCAUAAUUCAUGGUAAAAGAUACCACAUCUUUCAUCUCCUUGUUUGUAUAAAUCAUAUUGUCCAUGAAGGUUUCUUUUAGGAAGGGUGCCUCCAGAUCGUUUGUGCCAGAUUGGUGAGCUCAAAAUUUGUGCCACCUCUGGUCCAAGAGCUGUAACAUUUUGUUCAUUCAGCUUCAGUGUGCACGGACUUAGCGUGCAAGCUUUUCAUGUCAUUUUGCCAUGGGUUCGACAGGCAAAGGAUCGAUAUUUUAUUGGUGGGUCAUAAGGGUCUAUGGGAGCUGAUAAGGAGUGUUCUAGCUUGACCAAAAUUCUUUGGGGUGAAGCCCAAGGACUGUAACAACAUUGCCAGAGAGCUUUUGCUCUUUUGGAACGUGGUAUGGCUCGAAUCUGGAUGAAUUGGAGUCUGUUUGGCUCGAGAUAGGUGUUUAUCUAGAAAAGUUUAUACGGUUCUGGUGUCACAUGCAUUUCCCCUGUACAUAUUGUUUGUCAUCUGUAAAUCACCGAAACAUGUACGUUCUUUCUAGAUUGCUGUUAACCCGCGUAGCCAAGUUAUUGAAAUCUUUUUUUUUUUUUUUUUUUUUUUUUUUUUUUUUUAUAUUUUAUUUAUCUUUCAACAUUUGAAUAGAAGCAGUGUAUUGUUAAACGUCUUGAAGUUCCAAAAUUGAACAUUAGAGCACUGUAGAUCACGGAUCAUGCCUUUUUCUUUUUGUAUUUCAGAUUGAUACUAUGCAAUCCUAUAUUCUUAUGAGACGAAAA